CGGCCGGGAGAGGCGGCGCGUGGCAUCGCAGCGGCUCCCGCGUGCUGCACGAGCUCGGCCGGUUGGUCCUGAGGUUCCCGCGCUCGGUGUCCGAGGGGUCAGGAGAGCCACCGCGCCCGCUGUCACAACCGGUCUCCGCGACAUGACGGACUUCAAGCUGGGCAUCGUGCGGCUUGGCCGGGUUGCCGGAAAGAUAAAGUACACGCUUAUUGACGAGCAGGACAUCCCACUCGUGGAUAACUAUUCUUUCGAGGCUCGCAUGGAAGUCGAUGCAGACGGGAACGGCGCAAAGAUAUUUGCCUACGCGUUCGACAAGUACAAAGGCAGAGGCUCUGGCUGCUUUCUUCACGAACUGUUGUGGCAAAGACACAAAGGGGGGAUCGCACCCGGAUUUCAAGUGGUCCAUCUAAAUGGCAUCACCGUCGAUAAUCGGUUGGAUAACCUGCAGCUGGUUCCGUGGGGCUGGAGACUCGAGAAGGAGGAAGUUUCCAGCAAGCAGAGGGAGCAGUCUCUUUAUUGGCUCGCCAUACAGCAGCUCCCCACCGACCCCAUAGAAGAUUUAUUCCCCCUGCUGAACGUCACGCGCUGUUACAACGCCAACGGAGAAGUCGUCAGGGAGGAAGAGAAUUCUUGCACUUAUUACGAAUGCCAUUACCCUCCGUGCACCAUGAUGGAGAAGCAGUUGCGUGAGUUUAAUAUUUGCGGGCGAUGCCAGCUCGCCCGGUACUGCGGCACGCAGUGUCAGCAGAGAGACUGGCCCACCCAUAAAAAAUCCUGCGCGGAGAAGAUCCGAACUCUGCAGAACGAGCCGGAACCGGAGCGGUGAUCCGCGUGAUCCAGGACCCCAGCGACUAUGCUCCGGUCUUGCCACGAGAUCAGGAUUUUGCACGGUUUACGGCCGCCUGGUCGGAGGAACCAGAGGCACUGAAGAAAUUCCUGCGAUGCUUGAGUGGACAGCGAGGCCGCGUCGGACCGGGCGCCUCGCGCUGCGACUGCCAGGGAGAGGACGCCUCCAGUCCAGCGUUAUGUCUUCAAUCACAAGGACUACUGUGAACGCUCCGACCCGGGGCUUCUAAUUUAUGUUUCUCUUUGUAAAGUCAGCGUACAGAGGGGGGGUUUUGUUUUUUAUAUAUAAAUAUAUUUUGAGGUUUUUGGGAAGUGAUCUCGGUGUCCAAAAUGAAACAAUUUUUGGCCUUUUUGCAGUUGGUUUUAUUUGCCUUUCCAUUCAUUGCAGAAGAGAGUAAAACGGAUGGGGUAACAGUUCGGGGGGGGGGCAGGGCUCUGAACAUCUAAUGCAUGGAAAUGUUUGUAAAAUAAAGUUAAUGGUUUCGACUCCUUUCCGCUCCU